UGGACCACUUGACUGUUAGGCUGUCGAGCCUGGCUCAGCUGGUGUACUUCGUAUAAGAAUAUGUAAUUUGUGUGAGGGUGGAUAUCGCCGACGUCAUCUGGUCGGGGGAACUGGCCCAAAGUUUGCUGUGCAGUGAAAUCUGGAAACCCGCUCAUGACCAUCAAGAACACAGCCAACCACCACCACUGAGAUCAUCCAUCAAACAUCUUCAAACUAGGCAAGAUGAUCCUAUUAGAAGACCACAACAAGAUCAUCCAGGAUGUCUUGACCGAGAAAUUCAGCAAGCCGGGCUCGUUGGAUCAAGCCUUUGUCGAUUUCGAUGGUGUCAGAUAUCAUCUCUCAACCCCUAAUAAGAAGACGAUCAUCAUGUUAUCGAUGGGCGUGAGAUGUUGGCACGAACUGGUCGAAUACGGCGUCUGGGAUAUCAUGAAACGUGAAUAUGCUGAUUGGAUUUCUCAAGAGAUCGAGCCUGAUUACGAUAUCAGUCUGGUUUUCGAGGUAGAGAAACUACCGGCCGAUCCAGAGGAACGUUCGGCUUUGAUCCGAUCGGUUGCACUCCUCAAACGCAAUGCACUGGCUGCACCCUUCGAACGCGCCUUUGAGAUCCAAAAGGCACUCGAAGCCAACCCACCCAACCCUGACGCCCCUCCCAGAGAUCCCAAUCAAGACCUGAUGGCCCUCAAUUAUCGUCCAGAGGAAGCAAUCUAUGUGAUCCCUAAUGUGGACCGAGUAACGGUCGUAUUCAGUACGAUCUUUCGAGAGGAUACUGAUAUGGUGUAUGGCAAAGUGUUUUUGCAGGAAUUUGUUGAUGCUAGGAGACGUCCGGCUAUCCAAACUGCACCUCAAAUUCUUUAUUCCAACCGAGAACCACCGCGUGAAAUAAACCAUAUUCCGGGUCUUGCAGCCACAGAAAACAUGGGCUAUGUGACCUUUGUCUUGUUUCCGAGACACUUCUCUACACCCGAAAUCGCCUUCAGUACGAUCUCUCGGAUCCAACUGUUCAGAGAUUAUCUACACUAUCAUAUCAAAGCUUCCAAAGCCUAUCUUCACUCUAGAAUGAGAGCUAGAACGAACGAAUUCCUGAAGAUCUUGAAUCGGGCUAAGCCUGAAGUACUUGAUAAAGAACGGAAGACUGCUAGUGGAAGGACAUUUGUCAGAAGUUAACCCCCCCCCCCCCAAAAAAAAAAGAAUAACUGCUUGCCAAUUUUUUAUGCCAUGAUCACGAAUGUUAUUAUUAUUAUUGUCUAUUAAAACUUCUCUUCAUUAGAUGAUUCUACAUUUCUAUUAAAACUUCUCUUCAUUAG